AUGGGGAACUCUGUGUCACAACAAAAAGAUGACAUGCGCAGAGACGAGGCAGCUCUCGAGUCUCUAAUGAAGUCUAUGCAAGAACUCAAGGAGAGACGAGAUGAUGUGGCAAGAAGGGUUUUCAUUGAAGAAGAUGAAGGUUCUAAACGGCUUGCCCAAGUCCAAGAAUGGUUUUCAAAGGUAGAAAGUCUUGAGUCUUAA